UUGCCAAGAAACAAAUGUCAAAUGAAAUGUGAUUUGUGGUAGGAUUGAACUUUGAGUUUGAAGAUAGACAAUAUUUUAAAUAUUUUGGAAACGUUAACACUUAUUUAUAUCCAAAACACUAUAAGAAGAUGACAAAAAAGGGGAAGAACAUAUGUGUUGGAGAAGAGUUGCGUAUUGCGGUAACUUUAACAUUGAAGAAGUUCAGGAUGAAUGAAGAUCAGAAAGAGUUGGAAUUCCCGUCAUCUUUAACCAAUGUUGAACGGGCUUUCAUUCACAUGUAUUGUCAAAGUCUCGGCUUGAAGUCCAAGAGCAGAGGUAAUGGAGCCAAUCGCUACUUAACCGUGUACAAAAAAGAGGGUUCGACAAUAGUGCAAGCAGAUGCAGUUUUUCAAAUGGGUCGAGUGUCAAAGCAGCAUGUAGUUACUCUCUUGGAGAGGUAUCCUGUUAGUGCUCGGGAACGACAGGAACUUCUACCUCCUACAGAAAGGGACCGACUGAUGGGUCAUGAAAAUCGGGAUGUUAACCGCACCACAGGUAGACUUAACAAUGGAAUUCCACAGGUACCUCAGAGUCGCCUAGAUAGUGAACUUUCAAGUGUCCGAGAGAGUCUUCCCAUUUGGCCGCUGAGGGAAAAUAUUGUUAAAACCAUAUUUCACAAUCAAGUAGUGCUACUAGUUGGAGAUACGGGAUGUGGAAAAACUACACAGGUUCCACAGUUCAUUUUGGAUCACUGUCAUGUCAGUGGCCAGCCUUGCCGGAUAAUCUGUACUCAACCUCGUCGCCUGGCUGCUUUGUCUGUUGCUGAACGUGUAGCUGCUGAGAGGGGAGAAAAAAUUGGGCAAACUGUUGGCUAUCAGAUUCGAUUAGAAAGCAGGGUGUCUCCCAAAACUCUCCUGACAUUUUGUACAAAUGGUGUUUUGUUAAGAACUUUAAUGGGAGGAGAUGCUGCUAUGGCAACAGUGACUCAUGUUAUCAUUGAUGAAAUUCAUGAACGUGAUCGCUUCAGUGACUUCCUGAUGAUUAUUGCAAGAGAUUUGCUGUUAAAGUUUAGGAACUUGAAACUUGUGUUAAUGUCAGCUACUCUAGACACUCAGCUGUUUGUUAAAUAUUUUGGUGGAUGCCCUGUUGUAGAUGUUCCAGGACAGAUACAUGAUGUAAAAGCAUACUUUUUGGAGGAUGUUCUUAAAAGUACUGGAUACAUGAGCAAGGCUAUGCAAAAAUACAAGAAAGAAUUAUCCAAGUUUAAAUCCCAGAAAGAAAAGCUAAAUUUAUGGUGUACCAAGGGUUUGCCUACAGCUGUCAGUGAUUCCGCAUGUUCACUUCCUGUUUCAACAUCACAGCAGGGAAGGCCUGUAACUGGCUGUAUACAGCAGAUGGGUUACUACAUAGGUGAACAGCUAUUUCAAGAAAAGACUGAGCUAACUCUUGAGCUUAAGGCAGAAAUGGACAAAGCCUUAGAAGAAGCAUGGCUAAGAGGAUCAGAGGAAGCUUUUACACAUUUGAUCCACUUGAUUCUCAGUGAAAAUAUUUCAGUGGACUAUCAACAUAGCGAAACAAGUGCUUCUCCACUGAUGAUAGCAUCUGGGAGAGGGAAUACCAGUGUGGUUGAAGAACUUCUAAAUUUUGGAGCUACAAUUACCUUGAGAGCAUCUAACGAUUGGACAGCCAUUGACUGGGCUCAGAAAUUUGAACAAAAAGAAGUGUACGACAUUCUUAUGGCUUACUUAUCUACGAUGCAAUACUCCUCAAAGCAACCAGAAGAUGAUCAUGCUAAGGCUGGAUUUGGAUUGGACACUUCCGGGGAAGAUAAGGAGCUUUUGGAUAUUUAUCAGCAUACUUUUGAUGAUGAGCUAGUUGAUUAUGAACUAAUUCUUUGCCUACUUCAUAAGAUUCACUCUAGCCAAGAGGAAGGUGCUAUUCUAGUCUUCUUACCAGGAUAUGAUGAUAUUGUAACAAUGAGAGAAAAGAUUCUUUCUGAUGACAAAAGAAUCUCUGAUGCAAGCAGGUAUGUGUUAUAUACAUUACAUUCAAGUAUGCAAAGCUAUGACCAGAAAUGUGUGUUCAAACCUGCACCCCCUGGUGUUAGGAAAAUUAUACUUGCAACUAAUAUUGCAGAAACAAGUAUUACGAUAAGUGACGUGGUUUUCAUCAUUGACUGUGGUAAAGUCAAAGAAAAAUCUUAUGAUGCUCUGGUUGGAGUUACGAUGCUGAAAUCGGUUUGGGUAUCUCAGUCUUCGGCCAUUCAGAGACGAGGAAGAGCUGGACGAUGCAGACCAGGUUUUUGUUAUCACAUGUUUAGCCGUACUCGCUUUCCACACCUACAGAGGUUUCAGCUUCCAGAGAUACUACGUAUGCCAAUUCAUGAGUUGUGUCUUCAGGCCAAACUUUUAGCUCCACCAAAUGUUCCAAUUGCUGAUUUUCUUGCCCGUGCUCCUGACCCACCAGCUUUUAUUGUAACCAGAAAGGCUGUCACAUUAUUGAAGACUAUAGAUGCUUUAGACCCAUGGGAGCAACUAACAGAGCUUGGUCUCCAUCUCUUGGAUUUACCCAUUGAACCACGACUUGGAAAGAUGGUGCUUUAUUCUGUUGUUUUAAAGUGCCUUGAUCCCAUCCUCACAGUUGUUUGUGCCUUAGCUUAUAAAGACCCAUUCUUGUUACCUAACCAGCCUUCUCAGAAAAGAGCUUCUCAUGUAGCAAAACAGAAACUUGCUGCAGAUACUUUCAGUGACCACAUGGUACUACUAAGAGCUUUCCAGGCAUGGCAGAAGGCCAGGAACGAUGGCUACGAGAAGGCUUUCGGUGAAAAGACUUUUAUUUCAGCUGCCACCAUGGAAAUGAUUGUUGGUAUUCGAACCCAGCUUCUCGGUCAACUACGAGCUUCUGGGUUUGUAAGAGCACGAGGUGGAGGAGAUAUCAGAGAUUUAAAUUCAAACUCUGAGAACUGGGCUGUUGUCAAAGCUGCUCUGUGUGCGGGAAUGUAUCCGAACCUUAUCAGGGUAGAUCGUGAAAGGCAGCAGUUGAUUACACAACAAGAAAGCAAGGUACGUUUCCAUCCCUCCUCGGUCAUGAACAGGUUACCAAAAUCUUCAAGAGAAACCAUUGGAAAUGCUCAUAAGAAUACUGUUUCUUCUCUUCCAUCUGAUUGGCUUGUAUAUGAAGAGAUGACCCGAACUGGUCAUUUAGCUUAUGCUCGAUGUGUGACACUUGUGUCUCCAAUUACAGUAGCUCUAUUUGCUGGACCAGCUCGUCUGCCAUUAGAUGCUGUUCAUGAACCUGAACAAGGUCGUUUUGAUGGAUAUAUGGAAGAAAGUGAUAGUGAAGAGGAAGAAAAAACUGAAGGUCCAAAGUCCAUUUUUAAACUGGAUGAAUGGGUCUGUUUCAAAAUUGAACCUGAGCUUUCUCGUUUGAGUUUAAACCUACGUCAGAAGUGGCACGCCCUCUUCCUAAGAAGAAUGCAGUCACCAGCCAAACCAUGGUCUCAGGUGGAUGAGGCUGUUGUGCGUGCUAUUGUGGGGGUCUUAACUGCUGAAGAGCAGGCUCUUGGCCUACAACAGCCAGCAGGUAUUGGACAGCGUCCCAAACCAAUGGCUAAUGACUUUUGUCCACCUGUUCCUAGUUCAAACCAACAGACACCAAUUGGUCAGGCUCCUGGAGCAUACCCUAUCCAGGGGAUAAGUAAUACACCUCUCAGGACAAGUGCCAGACAUGGAUCUCUGGAAUCUGACCCAUCUGAUGACAGCUGGUCCAAUACCGUGGACGCUAGCAGAUAUUCAGCAUCGUUUCCCGGAAGCAAGCCUUCCUUUGUUCCUCUAAAGAAAGGAAUUGUGAAGAAACGUUAUUCAAGAGGUUCUGAUGAAAAAUCAGAUACUUCAUCUGUCCGUUCAGCUGGAAGUGGCAGUGGAAGCACUCCCAUAAGUCCUUGCCACAGUCCUGCCCCACCUAACACUAGCACUACUAGCUCACUCAAAGAAAAAUCUGAGUUGUCAGUGUUUGGUUUACCGUCGAGUACACGCUAUUUUAUCAUCAAAGCCAGUAGUCUCAGAGCCAUUGAUGUGUCUGUAGCAAAUGGCAUCUGGGCAUUUACACCAUCUACUGAACGCAAGCUUCUGUGGGCCUUAAAGGAUGGAAAAGAGGUCUGUCUUGUAUUCUCAGCUCAAGGAAGUGGACACUUCCAAGGCUAUGCUCGUUUGACUUCUGAAAUUCAGGAACAGAGAUCUCCAGAGUUUUGUGCUCCAAAUCUAGGAAACUGCUAUAGAAUAGAGUGGAUGAAGCGUGCCAAUCUUCCAUUCCAAGUUACCAGGCAGCUACAGAAUCCAUGGAAUGAAAACCGAAAAGUACAGAUUAGCCGUGAUGGACAGGAGCUAGAACCUAGUGUUGGUGAAGCACUCUGCAAACUCUGGGACAAAAUGGGGCCGUCAAUGACUAAGUCGUGGCGUCCGGCAGAAAACCAACCUCCUAUUGGCCAGUUUUCUUCCUAUGGUGGAAGAGAUACAACACUUCUGAUGUCAGGAGGAGGAGUUAAAAUUUUGCCAAACAGUCCUUGGUUGACAGGAAAUCAGCCAUCAGGGGUUGUCACAACAACAGCAUGGAGCACUGGUGGUCAGUGAUUAAGACGGAGGGAGCUGUGUGCAUAAUAUAUUUGUUGGACUAUAUAAAUUAUAGAAAGAACCCUAAAUACGUAUAUAGCUGUACCUUUCACUACAAUUUCUUAUUUACUGUUAAUGCUUGUAAUACCAAAAGUAAUAUAUAAAUUAUUUCAUUAAUCAAAGUAUUGUUGAUCAGAGAAAUAAGAGUAUACUUUGACUUUGUCGAAUUUGAGUUAUUGAAGUGUGUAUACUGUAUACACUUAUGUGAUUAGAAUUUUGAGUAGGAAGUAAAAGGUGAAUUAUUCAGUUUCCAACUUUUUUCAAGAAACCUGUCCAUUAAUUUAAGAUCUGUGAUUGAAGAAAUUUAAGAACUAUCUCUGUUUUAUUAGCUAUUUUUUCUGUUGUUUUGAUCAAUAGAAAGAACCUCUUGCAUAUAACUGAAACCUUAAAAGAAAAUAAUGCUACUUGUUUCCAAGUCUCAAACUUUAAAAUAAAAUAAUGCUACUGUUUCCAAGUCUCAAAAGAACUUCAGGAGUUUCACUACACAAAUACAAAAUGGAUAUAACAGUCUUUACAAGUCAGGUAUGGGCAGAAUUAUAGUUAAUAAUUGUAAAUGAAAUACAGUGGUUAAGAACAUUCCUGUUUUAACCACCUUACCUCCCUUUUAUUCAAAUCGUUUAACUAAUAAUUAAACACUAAAAAAUGAUUUCAACUAUGAAGCCUAACUUAAACAGUAUGAAUUUUUGUAAAUAUAGAGGGAGUACAAAUACAUCUUGUUUGUUUAGUUCACUCCUAUAUCUUGUGGUUUCUAAUUAAUAAAAUUAAUAUGCCUUUGAAACCACAAUUAUUUGUUAUUGCAAAAACAAAGUUAUUUUUGUACAUGUUUUGGCCACAUUUGUUUUUGCAAUAAUGAAUAAUUUUGGUUUAAGCGGUGUAUUAAUUUUAUCAAUUCUUGUUUGUGGCUAUUCUAGUUUAAGAAAAAAAAAACACGUAAGAUGUUAUGUGUAGUGCAUAAUUCAUGUGUAUUAGCAUUUCAGUUCAUUUUUAAUCUAUUAGUCAAUUAGCUAAUUCACCAACUUCCAAAACAUCCAUUUACCUCACAUUAAUCCAUUGUAAUUUAUAUCUGUUUACCAGUAUAUUGUGGGUUCAGUAUAGUUAAUAACAUUUCAUUUAGGGCAGUAUACGUUCUGAUUUAUUAAUCUUUAGUAUUUCAAGAUUGUAGGAUUACUAAGUCAUUGAACUUUUGUUAAGGUUAACUAGUAUUUCAAAAUUGUAGGGUUACUAAGUCAUUGAACUUUUGUUAAGGUUAACUAGUAUUUCAAAAUUGUAGGGUUACUAAGUCAUUCAACUUUUGUUAAUGUUGACUGCUAUCUCAAUAUUGUAGGGUUACUAAGUCAUUCAACUUUUGUUAAUGUUGACUGCUAUUUCAAUAUUGUAGGGUUACUAAGUCAUUCAACUUUUGUUAAUGUUGACUGCUAUUUCAAUAUUGUAGGGUUACUAAGUCAUUGAACUUUUGUUAAAGUUGACUGCAAGCAAAAUAUUUUAUUUGAUUUAACAAUUUGUUUCCUGUGUAGUAAAGACAACGUUUUUUUAUAUAUGUAAAAAGUUGUUGGGUUUUACGAAUAAUUGUGAAUUUUGGUUAGUAGAAAAAAAAAAGGAAUUACUUGUUAAUAUGAUAUUAAGACAAAAGUUUUUAAAAGUAACUGAUGUUUGAAAAUUUAAUUCCUAAAUUAGUGGCUUGGAUCUGAGAGAUUAUAGACUUUUAACACUAGAGCAAACAAAAUUGUAUUGUAUUCAGAUGUUCAGACUACUUGUUAGUCAUAGUUCAUGUGCUCAAAUUUAGACAACUCUUUUGGUGGUUUUUAUAACUUGAAUGAAAUAUUCACAGCAUCAUUAAACCAGUAUUAUAUGGAAUUAUCCGUUUUGUAGUUAAACUGUGAUGUGUAUAUUUAAAGAAAAAAAAUUCUUUUUUUUUAGCCAUUCUCAGGACCAAAAUUCACAAAUUAGUAAAAAGCAUGCAGAAGAAAAUGUUUUGGUUCUUGGAUUGUGCUUUAUUAGAAAGCUGUAAUUUUCUUUCUUUGUUAUCUUUUCUUUCUAUUUGUACUAAGUAAUUCACAUGUCUACCUUUUUUUUUUUUUGAGUGUUGAAGAAAUUUUGUGUGCUCAAGAUGAUUAUCUGUCAGAAUUAUUUUUUUUCAUUAUCCACUAAUAGUUGUCCAAACUAGUCCACUAUUUCCAGAGCACUUAAUUUCUCUUCUUUAACUGAUUCUGUGUGUGAACAUAAAACUUGCAGGAUUCAGAAUAAAUUUUAAAAUCAUUAGGUUUUUAUUUAGGGUGUAUUUCAAAAAUGUAAUGACUUUAUUCAUCUGAAGUAAAAUUUACAUUAAAAUGCUUAGGGCUUUGUUUUCCCCACAGCAGGUAUUGAUUUUAUUGUUUGGUGUUGUAGGUGAUAUUAUGUAGAUAACACAAGGAUUUGCAAGUUUCAUCCUAGUUUUGCUGUGAAUCACAUUUGUAUGACUAUACCAGUUUUCUUAAUGAUUUUCAAUAAAAUGUAUUCUUCGGGUA